ACCUUGCUUUCUCCAAUUUCCAGUCCACAAAUUGAAAACCCAAACAAUCAAACAAAUCUCUACAAAUUAAGAAGGUACAUAAUGGCUGAACCUUCAAAUUCUAUACACUUUGGCAUCAUUGGAUGUGCUAAUAUUGCAAGAAAAGUUGCUAGAGCCAUAAACCUCGCACCCAAUUCAGUUCUUCAUGCCAUCGCGAGUCGCUCAAUCGAAAAAGCCAAGCAAUUUGCGAUUCAAAAUGGGUUUUCUGAUUCUGUCAAGAUUUAUGGGAGCUACACUGAAAUUCUCGAUGACCCAUUUGUUGAUGUUGUUUAUAUUCCAUUACCCACUACUUUACAUGUUGAAUGGGCAGUACUGGCUGCCCAAAAGAAGAAGCAUUUGUUGCUGGAGAAACCUACUGCUCUUGAUGUGGGGGAGCUGGAUAAGAUAUUGGAAGCUUGUGAAUCAAAUGGUGUGCAAUUCAUGGAUGGGAGUAUGUGGCUGCACCAUCCUAGGACUACCAAAAUGAAGGAAUUCAUCUCUGAUUCACAGCUUCUGGGACAACUUAAUUUUAUUCACAGCACGUCAACAAUUUCAUCGUCCUCUGAAUUUUUAGAGAACGACGUAAGAGUGAAGCCAGAUAUGGACAGUCUUGGAGCACUUGGUGAUCUGGGGUGGUAUUGCAUUGGAGCCAUUUUGUGGGCAAAAGACUACCAUAUACCAACUUCAGUAACUGCUUUACCUGAUAUAGUCAAAAACUCAGCUGGAGUAAUCUUAUCUUUCACAGCCUCCUUCCAUUAUAACCAAGAGGACAAAACUACAUUCGCAACAAUUGACUGCUCUUUCCUUUCCCACACAUCCAUGGACUUGGCGAUAUCUGGUUCGAAUGGAUCGCUGUAUCUCCAUGACUAUAUCAUCCCUUUUCAAGAGAAUUCUGCUUCAUUCGAGUUCACACUAGGUGCAAAAUUAGUAGAACUUCAUAUUGGGUGGAAUGUGACACCUGAGAAGGUUGAAGUGGUUAAUGAGCUACCUCAAGAGGCUUUGAUGGUGCAAGAGCUGGCAAGGAUUGUCCAGAACAUCAAGAAUUCCGGGGGCCAUCCUGAAGCUAAAUGGCCAGAGAUCAGCAGAAAGACUCAAUUAGUACUUGAUGCCGUAAAGAGAUCUAUUGAUCUUGGUUGUAAAACUGUUUGUUUGUAAUCAUAUGGGUUUUGAGCUUACUGUAAUAAUGUGGACAAAUGGAGGAUUCAGUAUAUUUAACACUUGUAAGUGAUCUUAGGCUUCUACUUCACUUGGUUGACACUGGUGACAAGUAAUAAAGAGUUGAAGGAUGUGUUUUC